UGGGAGUGCGAGUUUGUCAUUCUUCCCUUUCAAGGCGUCGUUGAUUGUGUUGAUCCCGGCUUUUUUCUGAAGAGCUGGGCUUCUUUGAAUCAUAUUUCACAAAAUGAAGCGGAUUUGGUUCAUUGGGCUGCUCUGUGCACAUUUAGCAUUCGCAUCUGUGAGAGCAGAGGAUGGACUUGACAUUGAUGGUACUGUGGAAGAUGAUCUGGGAAAAAGCAGAGAUGGUUCCAAAACAGAUGACGAAGUGGUGCAGAGGGAGGAGGAGUCUAUCCAGCUGGAUGGGCUGAAUGCAGCUCAGAUAAAAGAGAUCAGAGAGAAAUCUGAGAAACAUGUCUUCCAGGCAGAGGUCAACCGCAUGAUGAAGCUUAUCAUCAACUCACUCUACAAGAACAAGGAGAUCUUCUUGAGGGAGUUGAUAUCCAACGCCUCUGAUGCUCUGGAUAAGAUCAGACUGAUGUCUCUGACCAACGAGGAUGCACUGGCAGCCAAUGAGGAGCUCACCAUCAAGAUCAAGAUGGACAAAGAGAAGAACAUGCUACACAUCACUGACACGGGCAUCGGCAUGACCAAAGAGGACUUGGUCAAGAACCUGGGUACCAUCGCCAAGUCGGGCACCAGCGAGUUCCUCAACAAGAUGACGGAGAUUGAAACCGAGGGCCAGUCCACCUCUGAGCUUAUUGGCCAGUUCGGCGUGGGCUUUUACUCCACCUUCCUGGUUGCCGACAAGGUGAUCGUGUCUUCAAAGCACAACAACGGCACACAGCACAUCUGGGAGUCUGACUCCAAUGAGUUUUCUGUCAUUGAGGACCCUCGCGGGGAUACGCUCGGCAGGGGCACCACCAUCACGUUGGUGAUGAAGGAGGAGGCUACAGACUACCUGGAGCUGGAAACCAUCAAGAACCUGGUCAAGAAAUACUCACAGUUCAUCAACUUCCCCAUCUACAUCUGGGCCAGCAAGACAGAGACUGUUGAGGAGCCCAUCGAGGACACUGAGGUGGAGAAAGAUGGCACUGAGGAUGAGGUAGAGGUAGAGGUGGAAGAAGAGGAGGACAAGCCCAAGAAGGUUGAGAAGACCGUGUGGGACUGGGAGCUGAUGAACGACAUCAAGCCUAUCUGGACGAGACCAGCCAAAGAAGUAGAGGAGGAUGAGUACAAAGCCUUCUACAAGACUUUCUCUAAGGACACAGAUGAGCCCCUCUCCCACAUCCACUUCACAGCCGAGGGUGAGGUCACCUUCAAGUCCAUCCUGUUUGUCCCCGCUGCCGCCCCCAGGGGCAUGUUCGACGAGUACGGAACCAAGAAGAACGACUUCAUCAAGCUGUUUGUCCGUCGAGUCUUCAUCACUGAUGAUUUCAAUGACAUGAUGCCCAAAUACCUGAACUUUGUCAGGGGAGUGGUGGACUCUGAUGAUCUGCCCCUGAAUGUGUCAAGAGAAACCCUGCAGCAACACAAGUUGCUCAAGGUCAUCCGUAAGAAGCUGGUGCGUAAGACCCUGGACAUGAUAAAGAAGAUUGCAGAGGAGCAGUACAAUGAGAAGUUCUGGAAGGAGUUUGGCACCAACAUUAAACUGGGCGUGAUUGAGGACCACUCCAACCGGACUCGUCUGGCCAAACUGCUACGUUUCCAGACCUCCAACAGCGACACGGUGCUGGCCAGCCUGGAGCAGUACGUGGAGAGGAUGAAGGACAAGCAGGACAAGAUCUACUUCAUGGCUGGGACCAGCCGCAAGGAGGCUGAGUCUUCUCCCUUCGUAGAGAGUCUGUUGAAGAAGGGUUAUGAGGUGAUCUACCUGACCGAGCCAGUGGAUGAGUACUGUGUCCAGGCCUUGCCAGAGUUCGACGGUAAGCGCUUCCAGAACGUGGCCAAGGAGGGCAUCAAGUUUGACGAGAGCGACAAGGCAAAGGAGACCAGGGAGGUCCUGGAGAAGGAGUACGAACCCCUCACAACCUGGAUGAAGGACAGCGCCCUCAAGGACAAGAUUGAGAAGGCUAUCCUGUCCCAGAGGCUGACCAAGUCUCCCUGUGCCCUGGUAGCCAGCCAGUACGGCUGGUCCGGUAACAUGGAGAGGAUCAUGAAGGCACAGGCCUACCAGACAGGAAAAGACGUCUCCACAAAUUAUUACGCAAGCCAGAAGAAAACAUUAGAGAUCAACCCAAAGCACCCUCUCAUCAAGGAAAUGCUGAAACGCAUUUCUACUGAUGCCUCAGACCAGACUGCCUCAGACCUGGCCAUGGUGUUGUUUGAGACGGCCACGCUGCGUUCAGGCUACCAGCUUCAAGACACCAAGGCCUAUGGAGACAGGAUUGAACGCAUGCUGCGGCUCAGUAUGAACGUAGACCUCAACGAACAGGUUGAGGAGCCAGAGGAGGAGCCUGAAGAGGCAGCGGAGGCUGAGGAAGAAGAGGAAAUUCAAGAUGAGGAUGAAGUGGUAACAGAUAAAGAUGAAUUAUAAAGCACUAAAUGAGUGGGUGUCAUGAUGGACCUAUCCUGGGGCUGAGCCACAACCAAGACCACCUAUGGCCAACCAAGUCCUAGCCUUGAAAUUCCGACUGCAUUUAGCUUAAUUCUGUAUAUUUCACUCCAUUAUCUACGAAUUAGUCAUUGCGACAGUGAAACGGUGUGAUUCAGUCUGGAUAGCCAAGACCACCACCAGCUGGCCAAGAGUCACCAACGGUCAGUGAAGACUAGCCGGGUCCCAGAUCUGUUUGUGUGGUCUUGCCCAACAGAUCAGGCUAAGUUAAGACAUUGAUGGCCAUUGGCCACCUUUCACUCACUCGGGAAGGUCCUGAUGGGUUGGGAUUUUUUUUUUUUUUUUACAUUCCUCAUGAUUGUAAAUUUGUUAAUAUUUAACUGAGCUGUCUUUGGAAAAGAUGAAAGAUGUGAUCGAUACUGUCACUUGAUCCCAUGAAAUAAAUAUUUAUCGGGAAAAGAAUGA